CUUGACGACGGAAGGAACGGUCGUAGCCGGAUGAUCGGAAACCGCUAACAACUGUCCAAGUGUUUAAACUAACCGGAAAAAGGGCAAAGGAUAAUUGCGCGCGAUUUUUUUUCAGCGCAAUCAAUUAGUUAAAAGUGGAAUCUCCUCGUAACCGGCCACUGCACGCGUGCGCACGCCUUUUUCCAUCUGUGUUUUCUUUUAGUCAAGUUCUUCGACUUGGUAUCGAAACCCCCUUCUGGUUCCCUUAUCAUUUUCACCGUGGGGUUUGUAUUUCAACCACCUGAGCGAGGUGCCAACCAACGGAUGUUGCACGUGUGAGAACCACUCCGUAUAUAUACAUAUGUAUAUACGUAUAUGUAUAUGCCCCAAGGAAUUCCUCCAGUUUGGGAAGUGAGAACCGUAUCGGUCGUUGACUUGCCAACAUCUUCUUACCUUUCAUCUUCGGGACGUCUGGAGCAUCGAAAUCAAAAUUCAGUCGAAUCUUCUGAGAAACUCGAAGAGACUGCCUCGACGAAGCUUCAGCGCGUAUUCGAUAAUAUAUAACUGGAUUCCACCGGACCUCACCUUACGCACAGUGCACUUCCGGUUUUCCGCGGCUGACAAUUACCAAGUCGGAGGUGUAUCGUUACCGAACGGAUGGUGCAACGGCGUACAACUUCGAACGCGGUGUGUACAAGUUAUAAUUGCACUGAUUCGCCGCAACCGGAAGUUUGACACAGACGACGGAGGUCCGUGGAGAAGAAGUGCUGCGGCAUAAAUUUAAAGGAAGCUGGAACGGCCGACGAAGGGAAAGGGGUUCGCCGCUAUGAUCCAGGGAUGCAGAUAAAACUGUUCGCCGGGCGCCUGCACGCGGGGUGCGCCUGCACGGCGGUGCGUGUCGUAAUGGCUUUUGUAGAAAAUCCCCGUCUACAACCGAGCGCCUAAUUACUCGUUGUACAUGUACAUACCGCCGCGUGUCUCUUACAAUAACGACGCCGAUUUUGCACUGAGAAAAUGGAGUAGAAUUGCCUUCUUCGCAUGCAUACCUAUGUAUGUGUACGCUCUGCGGUAUUUUAUUGAAAGAAGCCAUCAAGUGGGACCGGGAACUGAUAUAUAGAAACUAAUUUGGAAGGAGAGCGAGAGAGAGAGAGAGGAAGAGAGACGCAAUCAACUGGAGACAGAAUGGAGUUCGACGACGUUGGUUCGAGUGACUUGAGGGAGCUCUGGGAGUCGUAUCUGGCGGAAUCUGCGAUGGUACACGAUGUUCCAAUGACGACACGCGACGAGGAUUGGGGGAGCGCUUCCUGCAGCGGUGCGAGGGACAAAACUACGCCCGGCGUCGUCCUGCGAGAUCGUCUGAUGACGGACGCAGCUUUGGGGGGACCUAGACCGAUAAAAUCCGAACAUAGUUACAGUUUACUGGCGUCCAGUCCUCCUGCGAGUCCAGCGAUACCUUCCGGCAACGAUACACCCGAUACUCCGAAUGAAAAUCCGGCAGCGAGAAAAAGCGCAGCAGCGACGCCCCACAUAAACGGUCACCAGGUUUUGGUGUUGAGGAAUAGGAUAGAUGACAUGGAAGAGGAAUGCUUCCCUGCGAUCUCCCUCAACAGAGCAUCCGGACGAGGCGCGGGCGCCGAGUCACCGUCCCUAUUUCCAUCACCGUCUUCCGCGGCACCUUCGCCGUCGCAAUCGCCGUCGCCCACCUGCACCUCGCUAGACACCGCGACCACCACAGCUACGACUGCGACCGCCAAGAACACGUCGACGUUGAAAGUCCCGAUCAAGGACGAACCCUUCAGCCCUUCGCGAUCCGUUAAUUACUCGUCGAAAUUAGCCGCCGUUGAGACCAUAGCUAUCGCUCCGUAUCAAUUACACUUUGAACGAUCCGAAACUUACGCAACGAGCGAUAGCGAAGACGACGAGGCGGAAUAUUAUCAGGGUAUGGAACUUGAGGAAUCGAACGGCGAACCGUCGACGGGAAGCUCUAGUUCGAUGGAACUUGUGAUUGCGGGAGGUAACGGCAGUGGGAACGGAAACGGAAGACAAGGUCUCCCCCCGACACCCCCGAGUAGCGCAAGUUCCGACAGCGAAGGAGCCGCAUCGGCUUCUUGUUCCCCCGAACGUAGAGUUUCCGAAAGCUUACGGGGGUUGCUCUCCCCUCGUUUCUGCGGUGUCAGAACUGCACCGGCCGCUAAUCGAGGGGGACACAUGAACGGGCACGUCACCAGACAACCGAUACAUACGCCGUUGAUUUCCUGUCAGCCGAAGGGCUCGACGGGGAUCCUAACCUUGACCGAAGAAGAAAAACGAACCCUGAUUGCCGAGGGUUAUCCCGUGCCGACGAAACUUCCGCUGACCAAACAGGAGGAGAAAUCCUUGAAAAAAGUUCGCCGGAAGAUAAAGAACAAGAUAUCGGCGCAAGAGUCGCGAAGGAAGAAAAAGGAGUACAUGGAUGGUCUAGAAAGGCGCGUGACCUUGUUGGCCCAAGAGAACUCCAGCUACAAAGACCGUCUUACGACAUUGGAAGGAACGAAUCGCGAACUUUUGCGGGAACUACAGCGGCUUCAGGCGAUGCUCAGAUCUUCGUAGACGGGGUCACGUACACACCUUUAACAUUCCCCCUGAGAAUCGUUUGCAGUUACCUGUGAUGCAGUAACGCUUAUUUCUUUUAUAUAAUAAUUGUUUCCAUACAAUGGUUCCUACGAACAGAAUACGAAAAGAAACGAGAAACGAGAAACGAGAAAAGAAAAAGAAAAAUAACCAAGAGAUCGUGUCGAACGACGGUUCGUGUUGAGUUGCUUUGAACGAUAGUAGCAUGUAAGCGAGCGUGACGGAAGUUGGUGCGAUACAGAUACUACAGGGAGACGAUUAAACACGAAACUUCGCGCUGAACUAGUAGAGUUUCCUCCGAUAACAACGGACGCAUGUAUAGGUACGUAGAUACAUGUAAACCCAACAUGAUAACAAUACUGUCGAACUUGUGAAUGGUGUUCGUUGAAUUUUGUUCUCGUUUACUGUUUGUUCUUGUUUGCCUGAUUAUUAAUAUCAUUACCGAUCUUCGAAACUCUUCCGAUCGAGGUUUUUACCAUUUUAAUCUUAGCUGGGAAAUUGUGCUGGUUAAUUUAACGCUAAAAAGGAGAUACACUAGAAUCAUGCAAAACCAUUAAGUUUUUUUUAAAAAAAAUUUCAACUUUCUGUCGGUAUAGAAACAUAAAAUCGAGCGAUUCUAUACCUAUCUACACUAUUCGGGAUCGUCCUAUAUCGUUUCCCCGCUCUUUUAAGAAUCGGAGUGCCUGAUUAUUGUUAUAAAAUGUUAAACAAGAUUUGUGCGAAAGUAAUUAUUCUAAAUGGAUUGAACUAUGUGCUAUUUAUAACCGAAAAUGGCGUGGCUAGCGUGGCAUAUUUUCAUAAUUUUAUCGUUGAAUCAAUUGAUUUUCUGUAUCUCUUAUCUCUGCAGGAUAGUACGACUCGACUCGUUGAACGGAUAUCUGACAUGAGUAUAUUACUUAUUAGUCACGAACUAUUUAUUUAUACAGUAAAAUCCGUGGUAAUUCGAUGCUACGAUUUUUGUACUUUAAUCGUGUUCCGUCCUUUACUAUAUCGGUGCAUCAGAAAAUCAAUAUAUUAAACGAUUGAAAAAUAAAGGAAAAUUAAAUGAGAGAAAAGAAUAUAGAUAUAUUAUACCUAAUGAACUAAGAAUUCAAUAAUUUUAGUAAAUAUAUAUUUUAAUAUUUGUAUGCAAUUACGUGCAUAUAAUGUACUGACAAAUUCUGUGCGAUUAUUAGCGCGGAGGGUUAAAAAUGGGCAAAGUGCAAAUGACGAGUUUAAGAGUCCGUCGCAAAAGUAUGUACUUCAGAUUUAAUAAUAUUGCAUACGUAGAUAGAUGAAAAUAUAGGAUCUAUGCAUACAUACAUAUACAUAUGUAUAUUAUCUGGUGUGCGUAUUUCAACCGAAAUAUUUAAAGAAAAUAAUCGCUGUCCUCCAAAAUAAUCAAGCCCACGGCGCACAAUUUUGGCAAAUACAGAUCAGUUCAAAGAGCUAUCUAUUUGUUUAAAACAAGAAAUUGCAUCCUUCGGGAUCGCGUUCAAUUUAUAUCGCAAGUGAGCCAGACGCGCCUUGAGAAUAUAGACUCUAGAAUUUAUGAUCCAUCUGUCGAAAAGUUCCAAUGUUAAAAAUUUGUCAUUUCUGAUGUCAUAAAAUUUCACUAGAAUUCAUGCAUCCAAUUUUUUUUUAUGAUUGUAUUUCGAACGCAGCUUAUAUGUUAGCAUCAUUAUUGAUAUUAUUGAAUGUUCACGAUUAGAUGCUACUUAAUACGAUUUUUCAUUAUUAGUACGAACUAUAGAAAAUUCUUGAGUUCGACGACUGCGCCCUCGAAUAUCCGAUGCUGGAUUUUUAAAUUUCGCUGGAUCAAUGGUUUACCGCCCGUAAACUUUUUAAACACUAAACUUAGCGGUUGAUACGUAAAGUACAAAUACCAGGUAUAUAUAAUCGGCUUACAGUUGAAUCAAAUGAUAAUCCUGUAUUACCACAGGAUGAAACCUAUAAUCGUGUAAACACCUGGAUAGUAAUAUUACGGCGUUCGAUCACGCAGUCUCCAUAAAUCCAUUAUCACAUUUCCGAUCGAUCCAUCUCAUGAACUGAAAUCGUCGAUACAUAUACUUCGGCUUCGAUCGUAUGCCAACAAGUUUUGACAGUUAUAAAACUAUGGAACGGGUAAAUCGGGAGUGAAAAAUUUACAUAAACUUACCUAUUACGUGUGGGAUAAUCUGCGCGCCUGGUGCCUAUAUUGUAUGUAGGUGUUUAUUUAAUAUUCCAUUGAAACAAUUGAAUCGUCAUAAAUGGAAUGAAUGGAACAAGACAUGAAUAUUGUCAUGCUAUACUAUUCAAUUGCGGCUGCACUGUAUUGAUUGCGAGUACUUGGAUUAUGGGAAAGAAUUGAUUGUGAAACAUAAAAUGAGCGGAAUGAUUUUGAAAGUGCCGUCUGUGGCCUGUUGUCAUUCGCAUGUCUUGAUAUUCAAAAUAUUUUAGAUAAAUAUUUACACGAUUAUCAUAUACAUUUAUUUCCUACUAAAAGAUAAUAUUAUACAUGUAUUGAAAGGUUUUUUUCAAAAGCGUUGUCACAUUGUACAGUGAGGUUAUUUAUAAUUAAUAUAGUUAACGUUUGUUGAUAUUGCCGAAGAUAUAAAUUUAAUAUAUAUAUUAUGAAACAAAAAAAAUAUAUAUAUAUUUACAAUGCA